UCUUAAUUUCUGACAUCUUUCCAUCUUGUUAGAAAAUAAUAGAGGCAUUCUUGGACGGUCCCCAAAUGAUGACGUUUUUACCCGCCGUCCGUUUGAAAGUUGACCUUUCACACUUUUCAUUCAACUCAGGGCGCCCCGCUGGACAAACGUUGGCGCUGCUUCUCCGGAGUUUUUACAGGAACAUUAUACGGAAUAUGGAAGACUUGAUGCUACCUUGAUGCCUGAGUGUUUGAGUUGACGAUGGUGGACAUGUUUGGUUCCAUGUGAGCGGACUGAAGAUCCAGCCAUGUCCGGUAGUUCACCCCGGGGACAGGAGCUGUCCCCCUCCCCCCACACCCCGGGUCAGGAGAGGAAGGUCCCUCCCAACCUCACCAUUUAUCCCGCAUCAAGAACCACAGAUCUACCACCCUGUCUGUUCUGUAAGAGGUGUGAGAAUCACCAGGAAAAGUAUGGACAGCUCAUCACAGACAAAGACAGUGGUAUUACUGUCCAUUACUUCUGUCUGCUGUUGUCAUCAGGUAUUCGCCAGGAGGGAGGGGAAGAGGAGGGUAUCUAUGGAUUCAGAGAACAGGAGGUCAUAAAGGAGUAUAGGAGAGGUCUACGACUGAAGUGCAACUUUUGCGAACAGAAAGGUGCAACUAUCGGGUGCUGCACAAAGAAAUGCAGGAUGAUGUUUCACCUGCCAUGUGGGAUGGAGAAUGGAACUCUGCAUCUAUUCUUUGAUGACUUUAAGUCCUACUGUAAGGAGCAUCGUCCUAUGCAGAAGAUUUCGAAGGACAUGAUCCUGGACACUCCUGAGAAGAACCCUGUGUGCCCCAUCUGCAUGUACCAUCUCAAGCCAAAACCAUCUCACAAUGUGAUAAAGACUCCAUGCUGUAAGAGGACAUGGCUGCAUAGGGACUGUGUUCAGCGUCAGGCUUCCAGUGCAGGAAUGUACUUCUUCCGCUGCCCAAUCUGCAACUCCAAGGAGACUUUCCAGCAGGAAAUGUUGAAGAAUGGCAUCUACAUUCCUGAACAAGAUGCAGCCUGGGAGCUGGAGGACAAUGCCUUUGAAGAGCUGCUGCAGCGCUACAACCGCUGUGAUGCUGAGAAAUGUGAAUGUGUUCAGGGCAGGAAUUUCAACAAAGAAUGGGGGAAGUGGCGUAUAGUCCUCUGUGAGGUUUGUGGUUCGUCAGGCAUACACAAGCUUUGUGGCCAACUGAAAAAGGCAAAAUGGAAGUGUAAGGACUGCACUGACAUUCUUGCAAAAGCAAAGGAAGCUGCAAAGGAGAGGAAAAGAAAAGAAAGAGAGGAGCAAAAGAAACAGGCAAAAUUAGCAAAUGACAAGAAAGAGAAUAAGGAUAAGGCAAAACUGAAAGUACGCAAGUCCUCUAAGAAGGGUAGGAAGUUGAUCCUGUCAGGAAGGCCAAUGUCGGAUGAAAGGAGAAUCCUAGGACGCAACUGUCGGGUUGUGUUAACACCUGUCAAUGCCCUGUACACAGAAAACCAAUGUCAGCUUGGUGCAACGUUAUCUCAACCAUCUUCUGACGAAGAGAUCAGUUUCAGUAUUGAACAUAAAGAUCAUAUCCCUGGACACAAGCCUAUCAAUGUGAGGAUGGAGGGAGUAGAGGGAAGCAUGUCCUCAGGUCAGCUGUCAGGUUCUGCUAGUGUUCAAACAUCACCCAAAGGCAGAAUCAGUACCUCAGGUGAGAAGAUGAAAGGCGUACGCAAGAAAAGUUUGAAACGUCGCAAAGUUUCCUGCCCCUGGACAGCAAAAGAAAGGCAGCAAAAGAAAAGUAAGGAAUUGGCCAAGAAAAGGAAGUCCAUCAAUACUUUGCCCAAGACAGAGACUGAUAGCUUACCAUCCCCCCAGUCUCCAGAGAUAGAUAUUUACAAGAGUAGGAAUCGAGCUACCCCAACAAGUAGUGUAAAGCUUGGGCUUUACCUUUCUCCAUCAAGUGACGAUGAUGACAGUAUCCCCCUGGCAAGGCUGGUAUUGAGAGAGAAACUGGCGGAAAGAUCACCAUUUGCUUGUGGCCAAUCUAUUCCUGAAGACUACCAAAACGAACAUAAUGAGACCUCUAAGCCAGGAAUGGCAUGUGCUGUUGGUGAUAGAGAAGAAGCGACAGGUUUUAUUGAUGACGAAGAGGAGCUGCAGAAGCUCAGCACCGAAACCUACAAAGGCAGCCCGGGUCCAUCCCAGAUACACACGCCAAAGCGAUCGCCGAGAUUAUCAGAAGAACCAAACACACCUUGUCCAAGUGUACAUGCACCUGAACUCAAAAGCAUGUUGUUGCGCUCAGGGAGCAGUAUAAAGUCUCACUCAGGAGAGAAACCUUCUAAGGAUGCAGAAGACAUGGAUAUGUCGGAUUUAUCACCUCUAGUGGGGAGAAAUAAAAGAAAGGGAAAUGCAUCUGAAGAAGCUUUAGUACCAAAUGUCAGAAAGCAGACGGCGCGGAAGUCCUGCCAGCCCUACCGUCCUCCGUGCAGGCGAAACUUGCUCGAGUACUCAGGUCACACAGAGAGACAGCCCAGCCCUGAUACACCAGAGGAAUCAUCGUCUGCUAAAGUGAACCCGCCAACAGCAUCUGGUGGCACAGAAGGCCCCUGCGACUCACCUAGUGGAGAUAGCACAGCGACAGAUGUUAUCCAAUCCAAGUCACUUCAACCUGACCUGCUAGAUAUACCAGAGUGUCUGAACAUAGAGAAAGACCCUUGCCAGCCUUCACAUCAGGUAGAUUGCAACAUCAGCAGGGAUACUGAGAUGCCAAACAUUAAUCCCCAUGUGGUGGUUACAGCUGUUUGCAACUCUCCCAACAGCUCUCAGUCUUCAGAUACUGCUUCUACUUCAGAAAGUUCCUCUUGCCUUGCCUGCCUGAUAGCUGCAAGGAGGCGGACCAUGGGUCCUGUGUUUAUUGACUUAACAGAAAACGCAAGCAGCGUGGCAUCACAACAAGACCUGACCAGGCCCAGCUCCCCGAGCACAAUAACUUUGAGUAGCAGUGGUGAAACUGAUAGUGAACUAGAGGUAGAGUUUGUGGCAGAAACACCACAAGCCAAGAACACCAACAGUACAUGUCUGCCAGGAAUACCAACACGUAGCAGGUUUGGUUCUGACAAUAGUGAUAUCACAGCAGAGGGUCCAGCAAAGAACAAUAACUUUGUAAAAAACCAAGGAGAGAGAGGCAGGGAAAGGUUAAAAAGUAACGAUGGUCCCUCAAAUGUAAGUAAAACUGGUGCAAAGUCAAAAAGUGUGGGUCUUAAGGUGAAAAGGAGGUCAGGUGGAAAGGAUCAGAGAAGUAAAAGUAUGGGAGACAUGGGUAGGGUAAGGCACAAGUCUGGCAACAAAACUACAAGUGGCGACAAAACUAAGAGCCUUAAAGUAUCUAGAAAAGGUAGAGUGCGGAAAUUGAAACAGCUUAGGAUCAAAUGGCCUGAUCCCUUUUCCCUCCAGUUCAGAAGCACUGAAACCUGCUUUGAAUCGGAGGACGGGGAUGUACAAGGUGUGACCAUGCACGUCCAGGUUAAGGCUUCCCCCAAGUGCCUCAGUGAAGGCCAAGGUGGACAGAAGAGGAAAAGAAGCAGCUCUCUGACGGGUGGUGAAGUGGAUGUUCCCUCUAUCAGUGUCAAAGUUACCACCACCACCCCUUCCAGAAAGAGAUGGUCGUCUCCUGUGAGGUGUGAAACUGAAACAGACAGAGCUGCAGAAGAUGAAGGGGCAGUUGUGGGGUCAGGUCUGAGGAUGACGACAAGGCAAACACCACUGAAACCUGCAGGGAGCACUGUCAGAAAUCAAGAUAGCACCUCCCCGAGGACACCCUCUAGAUUGUCAAAACGGAAUAGAGUUUUAGAAGAUUAGUUUGAAUAUUAGUACAUUUACAGUAGUCAUGAUUUUGACAUAUAAGUGCCUCGCAUUGUCCAUUUUGUGUAGAAUGAAAUCAAUGAAGGACACAAUUGUGGAAAGUAUUUGUUGCUGUUGCCUGUAAAUUUCUGCAGAACUUCAGCGAUAAACAUUUCUUACUACAGGUACAUGUAAUACUUUAUUUCUCUUCACUUUGAAGUUUGUGACAAUAUGACAUGAAUGACAGAUACCUUUUUUUAUGAACCAUGAAUAUUUUUGGAAUAUAGGCAAAUUUAAGCAAUUUUAGGGCAAUUAAUUCAAUAUGUCUAACAGAUUGAAAGCUGUUGGUUAAAUUUUUAUCAUUUGAUUUUCUAUUACUAUUUAACAAUAUUGAAGUUGAAGGGACACAUAUAAGACAAGUUGUGCGUGUUGAAAUAUUGUGUGUAGUAGUUGACUAUAAGAAUAGAUUAUCCUAGACACACUAAUGCCUCUUAUUGUACAUAUUAUCCUAGAUUUUUUUGUUGUGUAGAGCCCUUACGACCGCUGUGGUCAUGGGUCGUGAAUGAGUGAGUAUAGUAUUGCUUCAGCUUCAAGUGAUGUAUAUCAAUAAUAAUGUGUAGUGUAGAGCCUUUUUUUGAACUAAUUCUGUAGUGAUGGGUAAGCAUUGUCUACACAACUAUCCUUUGUUAUUCAUCAGCUGUGAUAAUUGACUGUGCCUUGUGUAUUGCCCUGUCUGACUAGGCGCUGCAUAACUACCAUUGUGAUCCUUGUGUGUGGGCAUGAGCAAGCUUGUUCACAUGCAACAGCAGAUCACGACCCUAUCAUGGAAGUUACAUUUCACCUCUGAAGGUUCUCCCAUGUACCCAUAACUCUUUGAGCUCCAAUUGACCAAAGAAUUGUUUGUUCAGUUGUGAAAUUGGAUUGUACUACUGCAGUACAAUCUGUGAUAGGUCAAGCCUUUAUGUGGAGCACCUGAAAUAAUGUGUAUGUAUCAGAUUUGUAUACAGAAUGUAUUUUUCCAAACUAUUCAGAAAUAAUUAGUUUGAAACAUGUAGAUUUUACAUCCUAGGGUGCAUGUACUUGUGAAUACUGUAGGUAUGCCAGUGACUUUUCCUUGUCAUGUCCAACAGAGAGAAGGAAUGGAUCAAAUGCUCUUUGUAUUUUGAAUAUAGAGAAAGUAAUCACUAUACUAUGUAUAAGUGGACUUUCUACUCUUGUAUGGUGCCUGUGUCACAAGGAAGAUUUAUGAUGUAAUAUGAUAGGGAGAAAUUCAGGCUUGUAGCACUGCCAAUUUUGUAUGGUAGCAAGUUGCUUCAUUUGGGAAAUAGUAACAUCCAUGCACCCCAAUAAAGCUGCAAAAUAUAAGUCCUAGAUUUUGUUACCAUUCAUUUGUCCAUAGAGAUAUGGGGAAUACAGCCAUGCUGUUAGCUGGCCACCUGUUAUUUCCAAGCUACUUCAGUUUUAUUAUUUCACCUUUUAAUCAUAUAUAAAUCUAUCUCAAAGUCAAUGUCUCACUUUUUUGCCAUAAAUAAAGUACAUUUAUUUACAAUUA